CCGUAGUACAGCAUUGAAAUCGUCCUGGAACGUUGUCGUGGUCAUGAGACCGGCUAUCUGAUGUACCAGGUAACCCGGAGGCAGUAUAAUAAAGUCAUACACUCCCGUUGUAAAGUCUUGGAUAUUUGUGUUCUAGUGUAUAAUGCAAGCAAAUAAAUCAGAUACCCACAAUGUCCCACAUUUAUUCACAUGACGACAACGAAAUUGCAUCCUCUAUUGAACAGAGGAUACAUGCCAUGCGUAGCUAUCAAGCUGCGCUGAGAAGUCGCCGUGCUUCCGAGGGAGCUCGAGACGCCGAGGAGAUACAUGACGACGAACCGCAAGCUUUGGAAGGGUCGCACGCGGUCCAUCAGCAGACUACAGAGCCGACAUUCAAGGUUGUUCAUUUCGAUUCCAGGCCAUAUGAUAUGAUCAGAGACACCUCAGAAGAAGCUCCAGAUGUAGUGCAUUCACUGGAAGAGUGAUAGCCAUACUCCGUCCUUGCUGUUGCAAUGUGACAGGGUGUUAGUGCCUCAGUCGAUUCAUGACCCACGUGAUGUGAUUACUGUGUACAUGACUCGCAUCUGUGUGACGUAUAAAUUACUGGAACGGGAUUCAUGAAUUGUCUUUCAGUGAUGAAAGUUUGAUAGGAUACUAGUUAGUAUAUACUCUGUACUAGUACCCGAAUGGCGCAUGCGGGGAAGCCUG